CCCACGUCCACGCCUCGUCGCGCCUUCCUCCUCCUCUUCCACCUCGUCGUCACCUCGUCAGGCCAGCAUGCAGACCAUCAAAUGCGUUGUCGUCGGUGACGGUGCCGUCGGAAAGACCUGCCUCCUCAUCUCGUACACGACCAACAAGUUCCCGAGCGAGUAUGUCCCGACCGUCUUCGACAACUACGCCGUCACGGUCAUGAUCGGCGACGACCCGUACACGCUCGGCCUGUUCGACACGGCCGGCCAGGAGGACUACGACCGGCUGCGCCCGCUGUCGUACCCGCAGACCGACGUCUUCCUCGUCUGCUUCAGCGUCACGUCGCCCGCCUCGUUCGAGAACGUCAAGGAGAAGUGGUUCCCCGAGGUGCACCACCACUGCCCGGGCGUCCCGUGCCUCAUUGUCGGCACCCAGGUCGACCUGCGCGACGACCCGGCCGUCCUCGAGAAGCUCGGCAGGCAGAAGCAGCGCCCUGUGCCUCCCGAGGCUGGCGAGCGGCUCGCGCGGGAACUCGGCGCCGUCAAGUACGUCGAGUGCUCGGCCCUCACGCAGAAGGGGCUCAAGAACGUCUUUGACGAGGCCAUCGUUGCGGCGCUCGAGCCGCCCGUCACCAAGCGCAAGAGCAAGUGCAGCAUCCUCUAGAUCGCCACCUGGCCGCCCUCGACAGACUCUUCCUCCUUCCGCGACUCGUCCGUCUUCUUGCCGUCCUCGCCGGGCAUAUCGCGUGCCCGGCGACCUCCUAUCCCGCCCCUUUGUUGCGCCUAGUCCCCCUCCUUGCCCCUCCCCUUCCCCUCGCUCCCCCUCCUCCUUAGCUCGCAUCCUCCGGCCCUCUCGUCUACCUCUCGCGCGUGCCCUCUCUCUUCUUUUGUGACUCCGUCCCCGUCCUACACCCCUUCACUCGCGCCCAGCCGAGCCGAGCAGUCGUCGCGCGAGUGCGACUCGCUCUCGCUCCGGCCGCGUCCGCUCGCCCCCCUGUCCUCGUUGCACGUCCUCCUUUUGCCCUGUAAUCCUUCGGUACGUCAUGCC